AACGGGUGGAGAUCAGGAUGUGAUGGUGGCAGGAGGAAUGGAGAGCAUGGCUUCUGAGAGUCCAGAUGCCUCUCUGGACUCUCAGUGGGAGCAGUGGAAACUCACCCAUAGGAAAGAAUACAACGAAGAGGGUGAGGAGGGGAUCCGCAGAGCCAUCUGGGAGGAGAACCUGCGUCUGAUUGAAGCUCACAACAAGGAGGCGGCACUGGGGAUGCAUUCCUUCACGAUGGGGAUGAACCAUAUGGGAGACAUGAGGCCAGAGGAGGUGUGCUGCUGCAAGAAGACGUACGACCGCAAGUCCGAUCUGCCCAAAUCUGUCGAUUAGCGCAAGAAGGGUGGCGUCAUGGUGACGCCAGUGAAGAACUAGGUCAGAAAAUACUAUAUAUCAUAUAGCAGAAAUCUGUCUGAUCAUUUUCAAUGUAAACUGGUGUUUUCUAUGAAAUUGAAUAAAGGUUUCAUUUUGAACUGGAA